AUGACUGCGGAGGAUAGAUUGAGUAUUCAGUGUUCUUCAGCAAGGCUUCAUCAUACUGCUGGCGUGGUUGCGAGUGUUGUUGAGGCUGCAAGUGCUGCUGCCAGUUGCCGUUGUUGUUCGCUCCCCCGUCAGUUUAUUCAUUUAUCCGUUGUAUUGGCCUUUUCGCAUAUUCGGGGUUUUGUCGACGAUACCGUUGAACCGGAGAGAAGGAACCAUGGGGAGGUUUCGCAGGGUUCCAGGGAGUUGCUACUGUUAGUGGAGUCUACAUCCAAUUCAGCUUCUGUUUUCUUCAUCAAGUUCAAAUUAAACACUCAUUAA